AUGAUUGGAGAACCAGAGAUUCACGACAUUUCCAAAUUCAAAGACUUUCAUAUCCACCAUGAGACAUACAAGGUCAUCUCCGGACAUCCAAUUGACCUUUCCAUUCUUGUCCCGAAAUUCUUAGUUGAGAAUGGCGAGUUGACCGAAAAGACUCCCUUGAUCACUGAAUUUCACGGCGGGUUUCUUGUUGGAGGAAACCGACUAUUUUCACCGUGGUUCUCAGACUGGCUCAUUGAGCUGGCUUUAACCAGACGUGCCAUUAUCGUGACCCCCGAUUAUCGCCUCCUCCCGGAAGCAACUGGCCACGAUAUUCUCGCCGAUCUGGCCAGCUUCUGGGAAUGGUUGCCGCGGAACCUGGAAUCCAAGCUCGCUAGCUUCUACCCAGAAGUGCGUAUUCGUCCGGACUUUGAUCGCAUACUUGGCACAGGUAGCAGUGCGGGAGGAUGGAUGGUCUCCCAAAGUAUGCUCUUGCAUCCCGAGAUCAAUAUCAGGGCGGUCAUUUUGUCAUACCCAAUGAUUGAUCUGAGGGAUAAAUUCUGGGCUGAGAAGUAUCAAAAGCCCAUUUUCGGCUUGCCUACCCUCCCUUAUGAAAUCGUGGAAACUCAUUUGAAAGGAUUGCCUCCAAAUGCAGUAUGCACGACAGAUGGAGAUAUUGAGAAAAGCGUCGGACUAUCCAGAUUGCCGGUGGCAAUAAGUACCGUUCAACAUGGGAAAUAUCUUGACUUCCUCGGUCGAGAUACUGAGCUUUUUCCCUUCGAGAACCUACCACGGGCGAAACGACUUCCUCCUUUUGUUUGGGUGUUCCAUGGACGCCAGGACUCUGCAGUGCCUUUCUCGGGAAGUGAGAAAUUUAUCGCUGAGAUCCAGAAGCACAGGCCCAAUGUUCAUGUUAGACUUGAUGGAAAGGAUGGUGAGCAUGGAUUCGAUAAUGAAGAUAAGGUUACCAUUUCUGAAGGGUGGAUGAAGGAGGGAGUUGAUGAAUUAUUGCCAUAUUGGUAA